UGAAUAAAAACCACCACUACCAAUCCAACGGCCCGCAUUGCAUCUCGCGCUUCCAUAAAAUUGCCCUCCCUAUUUUCGCUUUCUAAACCAUCACUCCUUUUCCUCUGCUAUCUCAAAAUCACCCUUUCUUCUCCUUAAUUAAGGCGGUAAAAGAUGGCUGACGCUGAAGACGUUCAACCCCUUGUCUGUGACAAUGGAACAGGAAUGGUCAAGGCUGGAUUUGCUGGAGAUGAUGCUCCACGCGCUGUGUUUCCCAGCAUCGUUGGUCGUCCUCGUCACACUGGUGUGAUGGUUGGCAUGGGCCAGAAAGAUGCAUAUGUUGGUGAUGAGGCUCAGUCCAAGCGUGGUAUUUUAACUUUGAAAUACCCAAUUGAGCACGGUAUUGUGAGCAAUUGGGAUGACAUGGAAAAGAUCUGGCAUCACACCUUCUACAAUGAGCUUCGUGUUGCUCCGGAAGAGCAUCCUGUACUUCUAACUGAGGCACCUUUGAAUCCCAAGGCGAAUCGUGAGAAAAUGACCCAAAUCAUGUUUGAGACCUUCAACACUCCUGCUAUGUAUGUUGCCAUUCAGGCUGUUCUAUCCUUGUACGCCAGUGGUCGUACAACUGGAAUUGUGAUGGACUCUGGUGAUGGUGUCAGCCACACAGUUCCCAUAUAUGAGGGUUAUGCCCUCCCACAUGCAAUCCUUCGUCUUGACCUGGCUGGGCGUGACCUUACUGAUCACUUGAUGAAGAUCCUCACUGAGCGUGGAUAUUCUUUUACCACCUCAGCUGAACGGGAGAUUGUGAGGGAUAUGAAAGAAAAGCUGUCUUAUAUUGCUCUUGACUAUGAGCAGGAGCUAGAGACCGCCAAAACCAGCUCAUCAGUAGAGAAGAGCUAUGAAUUGCCCGAUGGGCAGGUCAUCACCAUUGGUACUGAGCGUUUCCGUUGCCCAGAAGUCCUUUACCAACCAUCCAUGAUUGGAAUGGAAGCUGCAGGCAUCCACGAGACCACAUACAACUCCAUCAUGAAGUGUGAUGUGGACAUCAGGAAGGACUUGUAUGGUAACAUUGUCCUCAGUGGUGGCACAACCAUGUUCCCUGGUAUUGCUGACAGAAUGAGCAAGGAAAUCACUGCACUAGCCCCAAGUAGCAUGAAAAUUAAGGUGGUUGCACCACCAGAGAGGAAGUACAGUGUCUGGAUUGGUGGCUCCAUUUUGGCAUCCCUCAGCACUUUCCAGCAGAUGUGGAUUGCAAAGGCAGAAUAUGACGAGUCUGGACCAUCAAUUGUGCAUAGGAAAUGCUUCUAAAUGUUCCAAGAGUAGGAUUGUUGAAGAAAGUAAAAAAAAUGUACUGUUUUGUUUCUUGGAAAGAAGUGGGUAGUUGGCCACCCUUUCCAUUCUAGCUUUGUUGUCCUGCCAUGUUUAUUGUGGUGUUGCAGUGAUGACUUUGAGAAGGCGAGGAGAUGAUUGCCAAAAUGGUCCAUUUCUUCCAUUGUUAUUGUUCACAAGCUUUUUACUCCUAAGAUGCAUUUUGCACCCCUAACGUUUUUUUUUUAAUGGUUUUAAGGCUUCUAGCAUAAUAAUUACCAUUAUAAGUUUUCU